AUGUGGACAGAUGAACUAACUGGGGCAGUGGAGCAAGAGAAUUUCCUUCUUGACAAGGGGCGACUAAAACUUAAGACUGUCAAGAAAGCAUUUAACGCUUCUCUGGUACGGAUAUCUAUUGGUAGGUGAAAGAGGAAAAUGGGAUAUUAUUAAUCUUGUACCAACAUUUUUUCACCCCGUGAGGAUAAUCUACCAUUUUUCUACAGUUUGUAAUACAGAGUAGGACAUAGCUGGAGGAAUUGAAUUUUAAGAUGAGUCAAGUGAGGCCUUCCAAGGGGGGUAGCUGUGUCGCAAUGUCGCUUGCUUUAGGAGACCGUUGUCGCCUAAUCUACAGCUGCAAAUAUCGCUGUCGUUUUUUGAAGUGUACAUAACUGUACCAGUCAUUUUUGUUUUGCGAGAAACUGUUUCGCAACAGGGCUAUAACAGGAUUUUCAUGGUGGUCAGUUGGCAAAACUUUGUGAGCGGCGAAGGAUGAACGCUUCUUCUUCUUCUUUAAGGGUAGGCUCCUGCGGGAAAAUUUGGAAAAUCUGAACCCUCAGAAAUGCAAUUUCCUGUAUUCUGAGUCACUUUUAUUGAUAAAAUGCACAACUUUCCAAUGUCACCGUCGUUUUUCACUGUUUAGUAUGUCGCUGUCGCAUUUUAGCAGCGUAGGCAUGUCACUUCUCGCUUUUUAAAAAUUCCCAUGUUGCCAGUUUUCAGGGCCGUGUCGCAUGUCGCUUUUACCCCUUGGAAGGCCUCUCAAGUGCAAGAGUGGGUACAACUAUAAAGGAAUUUUCGGGUGAAGAUGUGCCCAAAAUCCCCUCCUUUCCUAGAGCUGCUAUUUUUCAGAAACUUCUGAAGUUGUUGCUUUCUUUGUUAUUAAAAUGAGUUGUGGGUAAAUUUAGAUUUGAUUAUUUUUUUAUUCCCAGUUUCCCUAGUCUAAAAAUCUUCAACCAACUGAACAGUUCCAAGGAACAAGAUACCCUAUUCUAGACCCAAACUUUCUGAUUUCUGACUAAGCUGACUAUUGUCUAUUCCAGAUGAAGCUGCUUGAAAACCAUACCAUACGCAGUGGCACAUACGUGAGGGUGGUGAAUAGGGGUAUGCAAAUCCACCGAUCUGUUAUGAUUUAUUAACCAAAUGUGCUGUUAAAAUGUCGUCUGAAUCUGAAAUCCGGGCAAAAUUACUUUUAUUACACACACAGUCCAAAAUCUGGGCCCAAAAAUGGAUGAAUCUGCAAUCCACUGCAAUUGCAGGAUGCAGAAAUCCAUUAAAACCUUGCUUUGAAUCCGAAAUCCGGGCAAAAAUAUUUUCAAAAUCUGCCGAUCCAUUUGCCUAUUCACCCCCCUCAUAAAUGCAGCUAUGUAGCCUCAGGUGUCUAGGGCUGGAGUUUGAGUUACAUGGCCUUUAGUUAUACCAGACCUUCACAUCUGCAAAUUAAACCCUUCACAGUUUGGAUUCCUUUAUACAUGUAGGUGAUCUACAUGUACUACUGACAGCUUGAUUCAAGCUACAUUUGGGCAUAGUUUAAAUAACAGUUUCUUGAUUAAAACCUUUUUUUCAUGUUGCAGGUAAUGUACCUUGUAUUGUUUCAUCUGGAGAGUGUGGCUUUAUCCCCAUGAGAUUUGUAAAGGGCUCUACCAUUCAAAUGUCUGGACAUUCAAAACAUCAGUACAAUCUUAGUACUGUUUAG